AGGAAGGAAAGCUCCAAUAGUCUCUCUAUGUCUCAAAAAGUUUUUUUUUUUUUUUUUUUUUCUCAUAAACAGUCUCUCUGUGUGUUUCGUUCUACUGAAAAAAAGUUUACGGACCAGCCGCCGCGACCCACCCACGAAUCGACCGGACCACUGUGACUACCCAGCCACUAACGACAACCACCGUGACCAGAUCCGCCGCCUCUACCUCUUUUUUUCUAUCAAUCUCUCUCUCACGACCAAGUGUCUGGUUUGAUAAAGAUUGUUUUUUUUUGGAAGCUGGGAAAAUUUGAGAAACUAGUAGAAACGUAUUAUUACCAGUAACGGAAGUUCAGGGGAGGAAGAACGGUGUCGAAUCAUAAUCCUACAGCUAUGUCCAGAAAACCAUCAGUGAGUAGUAGUAGUAGUAGUAGUAGUAGUCAUGGACCAAGCAGAGGAGGAAAGUAUUCAGUCAAGCAGAAAUAUGGUUGCAUCGCUGAUAAUUUCAACUCACUUGAACAGGUUAUUGCAGCAUUGAGAAGGGAAGGUCUAGAAACAACCAAUCUUAUCAUUGGAAUUGAUUUCACUGCAAGCAAUGGAGAGACAGGCAAAUUCUCAUUCAAUAACCGGAGCCUGCAUACUGUUGGAGAUACACCUAAUCCAUAUGAGAACGCCAUCUCUAUCAUUGGGAAUACUUUAUCCCGUUUCAGCAAAGACAACUUAAUUCAUUGUUUUGGUUUUGGUGACGCAAGUACUCAAGAUCAGGAGGUGUUUAGCUUUCACAGUGAUCAUUCACCUUGCCGUGGUUUUGAAGAAGUCUUAUCAUGCUACAAAAAAAUAGUUCCAAACUUGAAGCUUGCAGGGCCAACUUCUUAUGCUCCAAUAAUUGAGGCUGCAAUUGACAUUGUGGAGAAAAGUUGUGGCAAGCACCAUGUACUGCUUCUCAUAGCUGACGGCCAGGUUACAAGGAGCAUCAAUACAAGAGAUACAGAACUAAGUCCACAAGAAGAAAAAACAAUCAAUUCAAUUGUUAGAGCAAGUUUGUAUCCACUCUCAAUUGUUCUUGUCGGAGUUGGUGAUGGACCCUGGGAAGGCAUGAAGAACUUUGAUGACAAGAUCCCUCAACGUGAAUUUGAUAACUUUCAGUUUGUUAACUUCACUGCAAUUAUGUCUAAAAAUGUAACACCCUCAGAGAAAGAAACAGCUUUUUCUCUGGCUGCCCUAAUGGAGAUUCCUAUCCAGUACAAAGCAGCAAUGGAACUUGGCAUACUUGGCCAUGUGAAAGGAAGAGCAAAUACUUACAGUCACACUGACGGUGGUGCUUCACCACAACCACAAGGACCUAAAGGUAAAAAUGAACCUUUCGAUGUCCCAGACUCUGAGAAACAAAUGCCAUCACCAUCCCUUGGUUCUUCUCCAAAGGCAUUUUUAUAUGAAGAUUUAGCCAAGGCAACUAACAAUUUCUCCGAAUCCUGCUUCCUUGGUGAAGGUGGUUUUGGUUCUGUUUAUAAAGGAAUCCUUUCAGAUGGCAAAUUGGUUGCAGUUAAGCAGUUGAAAUCUGGAAGUGUACAGGGGGAGAAGGAAUUCCGGGCAGAGGUUAAUAUCAUUAGCUGUAUCCAUCACAAAAACCUUGUUUCACUGGCUGGAUACUGCAUAGAUGGGGCACACAGAAUGCUUGUUUAUGACUUUGUCCCAAACAAAACAUUGGAUUUUCAUCUGCAUGGAAAGGGGGAACCGACUAUGAUCUGGCCAAAUAGAAUGAAAAUAGCUCGAGGCGCUGCAAAAGGAUUGGCGUAUCUGCUUGAGGACUGUCAGCCUAAGAUCAUACACCGUGACAUCAAGGCUGCUAAUAUUCUUAUUGAUGAUAACUUUGAUGCAAAGGUUGCAGAUUUUGGGCUUGCUAGGUUUUUACCAGAUGCUGAUGCUUACUACUCCACUAUAAUAAUGGGAACUCCUGGUUAUGUGGAUCCAACGUAUUUUUCUCAUGGACAGCUCACUGAUAAGUUGGAUGUUUACUCCUUUGGAGUUGUGCUUUUGGAGUUGAUUACUGGACUCAAACCUAUCGGACAAAAUCAACCCUUCUCCGGUGAUAACAUGGUUGAGUGGGCAAAGCCUUUACUCCUAGCAGCUUUGAAAGGGAAGAAAUUUGAUGCUCUCGUUGAUAAAAGGUUGGAAAAGAACUUUGUCUCUAAAGAAAUGGAUCGAAUGGUUAUCUGUGCUGCUAAAUGCGUGUGUCUAUCAUAUGAGGAACGGCCAGGAAUGAGCCAGAUACUUCGAGAGUUAGAAGGAGAUCUUUCUCAAGCAGUGAUGGUCGACAAAAAAGGAUUUCACAUGUGGCGGCCCAAAAAUAUUUUUAGAAGGGCCCCAAUUAGCCCGAAUAUAGAUAUGCAAGAGAAAUGCUGUGUUAAGUGGUAGGUUGUUAUUUUUCAGCAAAAAAAGAAAAGAAAAAGUGGUAAGUUGUUAUGAUUGUAUAUAAAUGCGCAAAAGAAAUGUUAAGUUACAGGUUGUCAUGGUUGUUACAAGUAGGCAAAAAAGUAAUUUUAAUUGUAGGUUCAAAUUAGAAGAUUAAAACAAAUAACAAUUUACUAUUUAUGAUUUGAUGUGAAAAUAUUGUAAAUAUUUUUUUUAAUUAAAUGUUGUGUAACGUUUCUCAAAUAUGUAAUGUAAUGUAAUUAGGCUUUGGUAGCC